CACAAUCUGAGAAGAGAAUUCCACUCUGACUGCACUGCAUGCAACCAGCACAUGGACAGAACCAGCCGGGGAGACUGCGCAUUGAAGAGAUCAUAGUACAUCACCGACACCAGCUUAAAUCCUCAAAAGGUUGGUUUCAUCGUGACCUUCACAGUAAGUCUAGACUUGAACAUGAACCUGUCAACCAGUACUGAUGGCUCCUGUAAUGAGACCAUGUGCGGAAUUAAGUUUGGGGAACAUGGCAUUGCACUGGCUGUGAUGUACAGUAUCACCUUCAUUGUGAGCUUGACAAUGAAUUGCAUGACCCUAUGGCCAAUUAUCAUACAAGUCAAGCAGAAGAACGUUCUUGGAAUUUACCUCUUAAGCCUCACCAUAUCUGAUCUCCUCUAUGCUUUGACCAUCCCUCUCUGGGUCAUCUACUACUACAAUGGUCACCGAUGGAAAUUUGGCUGGAUAACGUGCUAUCUCUCAGGGUUUAUCUUCUACUCCAACGUCUACAUCAGCAUUCUGCUGCUCUGUUGCAUCUCUGUGGACCGCUACCUCGCUGUUGUCUACCCAAUGAAGUCGCAGAACAUUCGCCGGCCCAGCACAGCCAUAAAACUCAGUGUCCUCAUAUUCCUGUCUGUCUUCACUUUCCACCUCUUCAUCAUCUUCGGGACGAUCCAUGACAACAGUCCCGACAUGGCCAACCUAACGUGUUUCGAACACAUCCCUCUUGUCAAGCCGCUGGCAGUCGCGAAUUACGUCCGAUUUUUCCUUGGGUUUCUGCUCCCGCUCCUGCUGUUGAUAUUUUGCUACCAACGGAUUUUCAAAGGGGUCAGGAAGAGUUCAACGCUUCAAGCAGAGCAGAAGGCUAAAGUGAAGCAGCUUUCUAUAUCGGUCAUCAUCAUUUUCCUCAUGUGCUUUGGCCCCUAUCACAUCAUUCUCUUGUUCAGGACCAUUAACUUCUCUUUGAUGAACUGUACCUGCCUAUUUGAACGUAAGGUUCUUCUCUGCUUCAGUGUUUCCUUGGCCUUUUCCAGCUUCAACAGUGCAGUGGACCCGAUCCUUUAUGUAUUGGUCAGUGAUAGCGUCAAAAAGGACCUGAAGAAAUCUUUUACCGCCAUUGGAUAUAAAAGCUUCAGGAAGAGAAGUAGUUCCCCCACUAUCUUCAGCAGGACUACAGUUUGACCUCCCCACGGGCACAAAGAACUGAAGGGUGAGAGUGUGGCACAGAGGCAAAGCGGGUAGAGCAGCUGCUUCACUACUCCAGAGACCCCAAGUUCAAUCCUGACCCCCGGCGCUGUCUGCGUGGAGUUUGCACGUUCUCCCUGUGACCGCGUGGGUUUCCCCCCACCCCCACCCCGGGUGCUCCGGUUUCCUCCCACAUCCCAAAGACGUGUGGGUUGGAAGGUUAAAUUGCUGCUGUAAAUUAUCGCUAGCGGGUGAGUGGUAGAAUUGGAGGGGGGUUUUAUCGAUAAGAAUGUGAGGAGAAUAAAAAAGGCUGGAACUAAUGUAGGAUUGGUGUGACGGACACUAGUGUGUUGGCAUGGGCUCGAUGGGUGGAAUAGUCUGUUUCCAUGCUGUGUCACUCUAUGACACAACACUGUUGGCCAGAAGCUUGUCUGAGGAUGUGGAAGCGUUGGAAACCGUGCAGAGGAGAUUUACCAGGAUGCUGCCUGGUUUGGAGAGUAUGCAUUAUGAGGAGAGACUAAGGGAGCUCGGGCUUUACUCUUUGGAGAGAAGGAGGAUGAGAGGAGACAUGAUAGAGGUGUACAAAAUAUUAAGAGGAAUAGAUAGAGUAGACAGUCAGCGCCUCUUUCCCAGGGCACCAAUGCUCAAUACAAGAGGGCGUGGCUUUCAAGUAAUGGGUGGGAAGUUCAAGGGAGAUGUCAGAGGGAGGUUUUUUACCCAGAGAGUGGUUGGAGCAUAGAAUGCGGUGGUGGAGGCAGAUACUUCAGUCAAAUUUAAGACAUUACUGGAUAAGCAUAUGGAGGAAUUUAAAAUCGAGGGAUAUGUGGGAGGAAGGGGUUAGAUAGUCUUAGGCGAGGUUUAAAGGUUGGCACAACAUUGUGGGCCAAAGGGCCUGUAUUGUGCUGUACUGUUCUAUGAUUCUAUGAUUGUCUUGCCCAGAUACAUUGAUCGAGAGGGUUGUACUUGACUGAAAGCUCCCAUGCACAACAGGAGACAAGAUGUUGGCAAAACAAGAAGGCAAAUGGUGCCUGACAUUAUGAUUAUAACUAUAAACUGCCAGGAAAACCUUACCAAGCAGCAGAUAUAGAUGUGCACAGAUGCACGCACACACACACACACACACGCACACACACACGCACACAGGAAGUGGCAGAGACAGGUGCAAUUACAACAUUUAAAAGACAUUUGGACAGGUACAUGGAUAGGAAACGUUCAGAAAGUUAUGGGCCAAACGCAGGCAACUGGGACUAGCUCAGGUAGACAACUUGAUCAGCAUGGACGAGUUGGGCCGAAGGGCCUGUUUCCCAUGCUGUAUGGUUUUAUGACUCUGUGACACAGACACACAUGUAUAUGUACAUGGGCGCACACAUGUAUACACACACAUAUAAAUGUGUACAUGCGCACAUGCACACACAUGUAGUCCACACAUAUAUGCACACUUCCACACACAUACAUGCACAAAUAUACAUAUGUAGAUGUCCAUACAUGCACAUAGAUAUACACAAAACACAUAAAAGGGUACACACACAAACAUGUGUACACACAUGCAUUUGCACAUAGUCUCACACACAGCAAACACAGGCAUACAGUACACACACAUAUACAGACACACAUGCACACACGCACAUACACACACGCACAUGUACACAGACACAUACGCACACACACACACAUUUGCAGAUGGACACACAUUCACAUAAGCACAUAACUUUCCAUGUCAACCAUUCUAAACCCAGAAGGUCCAACCAAUAAUACAGAGCAAGAGAGCAGAGGAACGAUUAGGGAGCACGGCAGGCUGGUAGGCUGACUGUGCCACAUGAUGUACGUUAUGUGGAUUUCCCCUUAUUUCUACUCGCCCUGUGCUGGGAGGACAGAGAUCUCUCCUUCCUCUUUAGCUCAGGAUACUGCGGCAACUUUUUUAAGUCAUCCAUGCACUGAUCCACGUCUGUAGAGAAACUAAUUUCGAAGACAACUGCGCCUACUCUGGGGCAACACAAAAGACACCGGAGGAUAGUCAGCCGUGGUCCACUGCUCCUUCACACUUUCACAACGUGCAGCCUUCCUGUGGUCAAGAGAAAUCACAUGAACUGACAUCCUGCAUUGUACCUGUAAGGGAGUUUUUAAUGGUUUAUCGAAUUGUACCAAACUCGUUUUAGACAUAUAACA